AUGAAUCUUGAUAAAGUGCAGCUCUUAUUCAGGCUGAGGAAUUUGGUUGGAGUGAUUAGGUUGGACGAACUUCAUGCCCCCAUAUUGGGCCAUGAACGGGCAGCAUUGAUGCAGGAGGAAAACCGCACAAGGCUCCCACAAAUCCAUCAGAACUGGAAGACCAAACAUACGGGGCAGUUGAGUUUUUUGACGAACUUCAUGACAUUUUCUGAAUGUGGAGUUCGGACAUUUACGAGCAUUCAGGAGAAUGCGCCGUUUGACUUGGCAGUCGGAAGUGUUCUCGUUCUGUUGACGAAUGGCGUGGUGUGUGCUCAAGUUGUGACUUAUGGCUCAACUCCAGAGCCUCCGCACGAGAAGUUGGUGAGCGAUGCCAAGGCGGACUGA